AUGUCUGCUGAUGAGAAGAGGAAAGACUACGCUGACGCCGUCGAGAAGGAGUCCGAUGGCUCCUUCAACGAGAAGGCCAUCGUUCCGGACAUCGAUGUCGUCGGUUUAGAUAUCCAAGCUCUCAGUAGUGACGUGGAGGAAGCUGCCGCUGCCGCUGACAAUAUGUCGACCGAGGAAGUUGAGGAAUGCUUGAGGCACAUAAUUGAUGUGCAUGGCAAGGAUCCCAACUUUCCAACUCGGGCGCUGGAGCUCAGCCGGGACGAUCCCGUUGCUUUUCAGAAGCUUUACGAUGAGGUCAAGAUUGAAGCCGCUAUGGUCAUAGUUAAUUCUCCUUACGCCGAAGUCCGCGCGGUUGUUGAUAACCACGAUGAUCCUAAUUUGCCGGCCUUGACCUUCCGAGCUGGUGUCAUUGGGCUAGUCUAUGUCGUUAUCGGUGCAUUCCUCAACCAGUUCUUCUCAAUCCGUCAGCCGGGAAUUACAAUCUCUUCAAAUGUUGCACAGUUAUUGGCGUUCCCUGCAGGAAAAUUCUUCGAGCAGGUGCUACCUACCACGAAAUACAGUACAUUUGGUUAUGAGUGGUCAUUUAAUCCUGGUCCUUUCAACAUGAAAGAACACAUGGUUGCCACCAUCAUGGCUAACGUUGGUUUUAACACACCAUACACAGCAUACGUGAUAUGGGUACAGUUUGCUGAACGGUUCUUCAACGAGUCUUGGGCCACAAACUUCGGAUACCAGAUCCUUAUCUCCUUGUCUACGAACUUUAUCGGUUAUGGUCUGGCUGGAAUGACACGACGCUUCCUUGUCUACCCAUCGUAUGCAAUAUGGCCCACCAAUCUAGCCACUAUCGCUUUGAAUCGUGCUUUCCACUCGGAAACAAAUCAGACCGCUAAUGGCUGGAAAGUCUCUCGAAUGAGAUUCUUUCUGUACGCUUUCGGGGGGAUGUUCGUGUAUUUCUGGUUCCCAAAUUACAUCUUUCAAGCUCUGUCGUAUUUCAAUUGGAUGUCCUGGAUUGCUCCAGAUAACGUCCUACUCGGCGCAGUCACGGGUAGUAUCGGAGGCCUUGGUUUAAAUCCGAUCCCGACGUUCGAUUAUAAUGUUCUCUCCGUCGGUGGUGACCCUCUCAUUAACCCGUUCUUCACGAUUGCCAACUACUUCCUUGGUGCCAUCGUCACACUCCCGAUUAUAAUCGCACUUUGGGUGAACAACGUUUGGUACACUGGAUACCUGCCGAUCAAUUCCAAUGGUGUAUUCGAUAACACAGGCGCUCGGUAUAACGUCUCGAUGGCUGUGGACGAGCAUUCUCUCUUCGACGAGGCAUCGUAUAAAGCGUACUCCCCUGCUUACCUUGCUGCCGGUAAUAUCUUGUUGUACGGUUUCUUCUUUGCGACAUAUGCAGCAACUAUCUCCCACACAUUCCUUUACCACCGGAGGGAAAUCGCUAUGGGAUUCCGAAGUCUUUGGAAGAGAAAGCCCUUGAAAGACGACAAAUUCGAUAUACACAGCAAGCUAAUGGGGGCCUACGCUGAAGUUCCCGAGUGGCAGUAUCUAUGUGUUUUAGUAGUUUCUAUCGGCCUCGGUGCUGCCGGCGUAGCUGCGUACCCGACCUCAACGACACCGGCUGUUGUUCUCUACGGCAUCCUCCUCGCGGUCAUAUUUUGCAUUCCCAUUGGUAUCAUCGCUUCGAUCACGAAUGCCCAGGUGACGCUCAACGUCCUGGCUGAAUUCUUCGGUGGUCUAUGGUUCCCCGGGAAUGCGAACGCCAUGAACUUCUUCAAGUCUUACGGAUACGUCACUACCGCACACACCUUGGCAUUUGCUCAGGAUCUGAAGCUUGCACAUUACACCCACAUUCCGCCCAAGGUCACUUUCUGGGUGCAAAUGAUAGCAACCUUGGCGUCGACCUUCGUCUGUGUUGGAAUCUUAAACUUCCAGAUGACCCAAAUUCCCGAUGUCUGUUCGUCUACACAGAAAGACAGGUUCACUUGUCCAGGCGCCAAUACGUUCUUCACUGCGUCGGUUCUCUGGGGAACUCUUGGACCUUCCAGGAUGUUCGGAUCAGGGGCUAUCUAUAACCCUCUGAUUUGGUGCUUCUUGAUCGGCUUUGUCUUGCCCAUCAUCGUGUACUUCUUGACGCCCAGGAUACCAAUUUUCAAGUACUUCCACCUCCCGGUCUUUUUGAUCGGAACGCUCAUCUGGGCACCUUACAACUUGUCGAAUACCUGGCCGGCGGUUCCCAUUGCCUAUCUCUUCAACGUUUUCAUCAAGAAACGGUUCCUCUCGUGGUGGUCGAAAUAUAAUUAUAUCUUGGCAUCAGCAUUUACAUGCGCGAUUGCCCUUUCGGCUGUUAUCCAGUUCUUUGCCGUACAGUAUGUUGGUGCAGAGAUUAAUUGGGGUCCAAACACGAUCCCUUAUGCUGGCUGUGAUUCUGACGGAUGUACGUAUUACACCCUUGCGGAGGGGGAGCACUUUGGGCCUGGUGUCGGUGAAUUCUAG